AUGGAUCUCUGUCAGAAAAAUGAGACAGAGUUAGAAAAUAGUGAAAAUAAUGAAAUUCCAAGCACAGAAGAAACUGAAUUAAAGUGUACUUAUUCAGAUGAAAGAAGGGAAAAGAAUCAUGUUUGUUGUCUUCUCAAUAUCAGUGACAUCACGUUUGAACAAGAUGAAAAAGCCAAAAAGUUUGUUAUCGGAACUGGAUGGGAAGAAGCAGUUCGAGGCUGGGGAAAGACUUCUCCAACUGCUUGCCUUUUGUCCAGAAAGAAAGGUAAAAAGGCGAAGGUGGGAGAAAGUGUCAGAGGCUGCUUACUCUGUGUCAGUCUCUCCCAAGGGAUCCCCGAGACUGGGCCUGAGACCGAGGCUGGAAGAUUGGAGUCAAGGGCUCUGGCUGAGGCAGGCUCAGAGGGCGAUCGAGGUGUCCCCACUGGCUGCCCCACCACUGCCUCCAGGAAUAUUAGCAAGAUGUGCUUUCCCUCCCACAGUCAGGGAGAUAAAAAAGGUCUGCAAAUAAAGGAGUUUAUUUGGUGCAUGGAAGAGUGUGCCGUCCCCGGGACUGUUAGGGGCCAACACUCCAACAGCAGUACUGACCAAGGUCCCUCCAUCUCAAACUCAUUGAAAUCCAAGGCCCUUUUAGUUCUCCCUCCUCUGAAUUCUUCAGCCCCAAAUGGCUUGUAUGCUCAGGGUAAGAAGAGUAAGAGCUCUCUCUUGCAGCCAGAAGAGAAGGUGCUGAGUGUGGAAAAGGAUGAGUGUGUGGCUUGUGCAUAUGGAUUGAAAAUAGUUGGAGGGAAAGAUGGAAAGAGACCCCUUGAGCUGGCCAAGCACCUUAAGUUCAACUGCAUGCAGCCUUUUCCUCCACCAAGGGUUGGGACAUCCCUGCUGGCCAAUCCAGAGCUGGGCUGCCUGCACUGGUCCCUCCUGCCCAAGAAAAACCUGAUGUGCCCUCCCAAUCCCAAUAGUGUUCAAUGUCUCAGCACUGGGCAGCUUUUGCAAAAACAGAGAGGGCGAAGCUACAAAGCCAAAUUCAAAGCCAGGGAGCUGAGGCCUCCCAUGAACACCCAAAAGUGCAUUUUCAAGGAGGCCAAGAAGGAAAACAGGCCCCAUCCAUUGGAGACCAAUGUGUUCCCAAGACCUUUCUUGCCAUCCCUCAAACACAGGAAAAAUGAGAUAAAGUAG